AUGGGUGCCAGGCAUCAGGGAGUACGUCCGUCUGUUCGGUGGGUGCGCUGGGUGCAGGCGACCAUUUGCGAGAUGGGCUGGCUCCUCACUGCCUCCCCGUAUGUCUUCGACUUCCGUGGCGAGCAGAUCGGCUUGGCGUCCAUAGAGAAGGGCAAGCUUGGGCACUUGGUGCGCGACGCCUGGAGGUUCUACGUGAUGGCAACGACCAAAACCACAAGGCACAUUGAUGUCACAGUGCCGCCCCUGGAAAUUCGCGUUUUGCAUGUAUUCGUUGGAUCGUGGUCUGGGCGCCGCGACUGGCCUUGGGCGUGGCGAUGCUGCGUCGGCGCGGAGCCGAGUGCCGACCGAUUGCAUGAGCUCGAUUCUGCUAUCGACUACACCUCUGCUGUCUGCUGGCUGUCUAACACGACCAAGCACUGGCUGUGGGUGUGCCCCUGUGCGCUUCCGGAACGGCGGCGGCGGCAACUCUCCCCGCCGCCACAGGCCGCCCCGCGGGAUCGAGAGCGGAGCCCUCGGCGUCGAUGGGGGCGCCUGCCGUGA